AAUUGAAUAGGUAUAGGUAGGAAAAAAAUAUAAUAAAAAUUAUUUAUUUAAGUGUGAUACGGGCUAUUAUGUGGAUUGGGAUUUAGAUUAUUGAACAAUUCAAAGAGAUCAUAGCUUUUGAAAUCAAUACCUAUUUAUCAAAAAAAAGAUAGAUUCGUGAAUUGAGUAUAUCGCAAUCUCUACGUGUUGAUAACAAAAGAGAUUAAUGCAGUGUUCAGUCCGAUACAUUUAUCUUCGAUUGCGUUUUAAUUGCCAAUUGGCCAGGGCUCUCGACAACAGCCACGUUACCGUAAGAUACUAUACUAUAAUGCAAACCAAUGCUCAAGCCCUCCUCCUCUCGUCGUCCAAUUGCCAUGGUUUUUCAUUACUGGAGUUCGCGAAACAAGAAAUCUGCUCUUUUUUAGAAACGCGUAAUGUUUCAGAACUGGUGUUUGUACCAUACGCUCAAAAAAACUAUGAUGACUACACAAAGAAAAUUAAAGAUGCUUUCACACCCUGGGGAUUCUCAGUGAUAGGCCUCCAUACAUAUUCUGAUCCAGCCGCUGCUAUAAACUCGGCAAAAGCAAUAUUUGUUGGUGGCGGAAAUACUUUUUUGCUAUUAAAAACCUUGUAUGAUAAUCAGCUAGUUCAUUUGAUAAGGGAAAAGGUUAUUACAGGCAACCUUUUGUAUAUUGGCAGUAGUGCAGGAACCAAUGUUGCUACUAAAAGUAUUCAUACAACCAAUGAUAUGCCUAUAAUAUAUCCUCCAUCGUUUGAUGCAAUUAGUAUUGUGCCGUUUAAUAUAAACCCACAUUAUAUAGACAAAAUUGAGACUGACACCCACAAGGGUGAAACAAGAGACCAAAGGAUAGAGGAAUAUAUGGAAAUGCCACAUGCAAACCCAGUGCUUGGACUGAGAGAGGGUUGUAUUUUGCAUGUUAAUGGCGAUUCACUAGUCCUAAAAGGAGUUGCUGGUGCUGUACUUUUUGAAGUAAAUGUUAGUAAGAAAGUUGAGUAUCCAGUUGGAGCAGAUGUUUCAUUUUUACUGAACUAUGCAAAAGAAACUUGUUAGAAAGCCAUUUCUGAUCAUUUCUUUAUAUUGAAGCAAUCAUAAAGCUAUGUUACAAGUAAUAUAUCCUUUUAUAAAGCAUAUUAAAUGUAUCUGAUAAGUCUGACCAAUUAUUGCUACUGUUAUAAAAAUAUAUUAAAAAUUUCAGUGCAUUGAGUAA